GGCCACAUCGAUUUGGAAAGAUUUGUAUACCGUAGUUGUUGUAGGGGGAGGUGGAUCUAGUUUUUGAGGAGCCUGGAGGGGCUGUGCUUCGGUGCCACUUAUCAUUAGAUAUGGCCACCGUUAUAGAGUACACCGAGGCGUCAUCUUCAACUUAAUUUUGUGAUAUUUCAUAGUAAUCUCACAGUUCGGCCACUGUGGCAGGCGGGGUGUUGUUUUUGGCAAGCUAAUGUUUGUUUUUACAUGUCUUGGGAGGCGGUUGUUACUGCGUGGCAGGCUGGCUGCGAGAGUCUCCUAACUGGCCGCUUGGUCCCGCAGCUUGUCGAUGCUGAAGAAAAUAGAACCAGUUGCCAACCAAGCGGUCGGCACCCAACAUUUGAUUUGCGCGUCGCUGUACAUUCGCUGAGGAUUCACAUUUAAAGUUUCAUUUACGGAGUGUUGACUUUUGUAGUCGCUUGGACUUUAGAUUUCGUUUGUUUAUACGUUAAUGGUAAAAUUGUUGGCCGUAGACUUGGGUGGCUAACACCAACUAGCUAUAUAACCUGAACUCGUGCGACGACAGCUGUCAUUGGAGAAAGGAAAGUGAUCUCCCCCAAAUGCGUGUGCCAGUGAAGCAGUUUUCUGUUGGAUUUACAUCAUCUGCCUUUCCAUCAAAUGGGCAAAGUUGGGAAUAACAUUGCAUCGUUGGAAUAUAAUGAUAUGCGGUAUGCAUUUUUGAGAACUGCGGUGUUGCUUCAUUGGAGAGAGGCUAGCUAGCUCAAUUAGCUUGCUAGCUAGCUGGGUGAUAAAAGUGCGACGUUUCAUCCCCCAGUAUUUUGGACAUGAAGAGGAUAAUUCGCUAUUCAUAGGGCUGGAAGAAUGUCAUCAGAGGAUAAGACUGUGGAACCCUCUGACCAGGGACCCUCACCGCCCUCCAGCAGUGUAGGGGCCACGUCCACAGGAAGUCCUGUCCACGCAGACAAGCGGCCACGUGGCAGGCCGCGCAAGGAUGCUGCUGCCAUCUUACCCCAGGCGCCACCCUCAUCCACGUCUAAGAACAGAAAGAAGGGUCGCACCAGGGGGCGGGUUGUUGUGGAUGAGGAGGACAGCAUGGAUGGAACUGAGAUAACAGAGUCCAUAGGCCCUCAGGACACAGAAACACCAAUCCAACCAGUGGAAACUGGGGAAGUGUUGACCACUGAGGUGCCAGAGGAGGACAAGCCCUCUUCCCCUCUGGCCCAAAGCCCUCCAGCCGAGAAUUCAGCAGGACCAUCUGUCCCAGCGAGUAGAGAAGUCAAAAGCAGUGAGCGUCUCUGUGCCUUCUGUUACUGUGGUGGCCGUAGCCUGCUGGGUCAGGGGGAUCUGCACGUAUUCAGCACCACGCCUCAGCUUGAAGCACUCUUCAGCCACAAAGGUGGAGGAGGCUCGACGAGCAAUUGCAGUGAUGGUGAUAAAACCACUCAGCCAAAAAUGGCCGGAGAGACCACCUCAGGACAGAGGGAAAAAAUGAAUGGGUCUGGAAGCUGUGAGGAAGAACCAGACCCAGCCAGUCGAUUUUGGGAUGAGCUUUCUCAUGUCGGCCUUCCACAAGAUCUUGGCGUCCAGUCUCUCUUCGAGUCAGGGCAAUGCUGGGCACAUCAGAGUUGUGCCUUGUGGUCCGAAGGUGUUUGUGAGGGCGAGGGACAAUCUCUGCUUAAUGUGGACAGAGCCAUUGACUCAGGGAGCACAAAGCACUGUGCAUACUGUAAGCGCCUUGGAGCAUCCAUUAAGUGCUGUGCUGAAGGAUGUGCUCAAUUCUACCAUUACCCCUGUGCGGGGGCAGCUGGGACCUUUCAGGAUAUCAGGAGUCUCUCGCUCCUCUGUCCAGAACACACUGAAUUGGCCAUUCACAAAUUUGUAGAUGAUGUAAAUUGCGCGCUAUGUGAUAGCCCAGGGGACCUACUGGACCAGCUCUUCUGCACCAGUUGUGGUCAGCAUUACCAUGGGGUAUGCCUGGACAUGGCCGUGACCCCUUUAAGGAGGGCAGGUUGGCAGUGCCCUGAGUGCAAAGUCUGCCAGACAUGCAAGAACCCAGGAGAGGACACUAAAAUGCUGGUGUGUGACAUGUGUGACAAAGGCUACCAUACCUUCUGUCUACAACCUGCUAUGGACUCUCUCCCCACCAAUGGAUGGAGAUGUAAGAACUGCAGAGUAUGCAUCCAAUGUGGAACACGAACCAGCAGGCAAUGGCACCACACCAGCCUGCUGUGUGAGAACUGUGUCCAAAACCAGGACCCUACUCUGUGCUGUCCUAUGUGUGCCUGCAUCCUGGACCCUGAGCAUCACAAAGACCUACUCUUCUGCCACACUUGUAAGAGAUGGCUACACCUGGAGUGCGAGCGUCAGAAUUCAUGCCAAGCAGAAAUCCACCCCAGAGAGGGCUAUGUUUGUUCCAACUGCAGGUCUCCUGCUGCAGAGCAGGCGCUACAGGCAGAGGAUAUGGACACCGGCCCAGAGCUCAGCCCUCAGCCAGCCUCCAUGCACACAGACUCUGAGACUGGCCUACAGCUGGCUAAAAAGCACACGGACCUAGAACCUGGCACUCAGCUGCCUCCUGAAAUGCACAAUGACCCCAAACCGGAAUUACUCGCUGUUCCAUUGCACUCAGAUCCAGAGCCUGUUCAGGCUACCGUCCAGGAGGAAAAGCUGAACACGUCAGCCCAGAAGCCUGGUGGGUCUUUGUUCCAAAAAGAAGUCUCAGUGGGAUCAGACGUUGUCGAGAGACAGGUUACUGAACCUUCUGUCAACAAAAUCCUAACAGAAUUCAAACCAGAAACAAAACCAGCAGCACGAGCCCAGCUUACAUCUACAGAGAGUCCUGCGUCUUCAGCGACUCCCAGCCAGGAGUCUGACUCUUUUCCAGCCCAGCUGUCUAUGGAGGCACUACAGACACAGGAUACUACAAUACAAAUCAAACCAGCAAAGACAGAGGCCUGCCCUGAGCAGGGCAUGGCCAACCCCAGCACAAAGGAUUUUAAGGCCAUCAUCUCAACCACCAAAGAACCAAGUACUGCAUCAGUAACUUUCACAGACCAACCAAUGGAGGUCUCACUACCCGAGGCUUCGAGUAUGGAUGUAGUAAGGGCUUCUUUCCUGGAAACUGCUCCAAAAGAACUUAACAAGGAGAGGAGUGAGGGUAUUUUUCACAGGAACCUGGCAGAGACUGUUAAGCCCUCAGCCUCUAGUACAUCAGAGGAGAUGUACACUACACGGGAGAGCAAGCCUAAUCUGUCACUUUCCAGCCUGUCUUCAGAGGAGAACCCAUUAAAGACAUCUAUGGAAAGGUUGGCAGAAAUGGUUUCCUCUCCUUCCCACUCCUCCCCUCUGGCCCGAGGGACAUCUCCCAGAGAACCGACCCAGAUCCUACCUUCACUGGGUGACCACAGCAGUGUAAUACCAACCACCACACUUAUACCACUCACCCCUAAGAUUGGAAUGGGAAAGCCAGCCAUCACCAAGAGGAAGUUUUCUCCUGGGAGGCCACGCGUGAAACAGGGUGCAUGGAGCCCCCAUAGCAGUGUGAGCUCCCCCUUGUCCUGGUCGCCAGACCAGCCAGAGGGGUGGGACGUCCCAAAGACCAGGCAGUCCUCUGGCAGCCCCGGCUGGAGCAUCAGAGUGGGUCGAGGCUCAGGCUUCCCUGGGAGGAGGAGGCCCAGAGGAGCUGGUCUGUCAGGUAGAGCGGGACGUGGUAGGGCCAGAGGCAAGAAUGGAGCGAGUCCCAGCAUCAACCCUGGGGUCACUUCAAUAGAAACACCAUACCCAGUCAAGGAGGAGGAGGAGAAUGCCAUGCAUAACACAGUGGUCAUAUUUUCCAGCAAUGACAGUUUCACGCUAAAACAGGACAUGUGUGUGGUGUGCGGGAGUUUUGGCCUUGGUGCAGAGGGCCGUCUUUUGGCCUGUGCUCAGUGUGGCCAGUGCUACCAUCCAUUCUGUGUUGGCAUAAAGAUCACCAAGGUGGUGCUGAGUAAAGGCUGGCGUUGUCUGGAGUGUACAGUGUGCGAGGCCUGUGGGCAGGCCACAGAUCCUGGCCGCUUGCUGCUGUGUGAUGACUGUGACAUCAGCUAUCACACCUACUGCCUGGACCCUCCACUGCAGAACGUGCCCAAGGACAGCUGGAAGUGCAAAUGGUGUGUGUCCUGUACCCAGUGUGGCGCCACCGCCCCAGGCCUAAGGUGUGAGUGGCAGAAUAAUUACACCCAGUGUGGCCCCUGUGCCAGCCUUGCAACAUGCCCCAUCUGCCUGGUGGACUAUAGUGAAGGCACCACAAUUCUGCAGUGCCGCCAGUGUGACAGAUGGUUCCAUGCGUCUUGUCAGGGUCUCCAUUCAGAGGAAGAUGUAGAAAAAGCUGCAGACAGUAGCUUCGACUGCACAAUGUGCCGAGCUUUCAAGACCACUAAAGUUAUGACUAAGGCCAGAGACGCCAUUGACCCUGUAGUUAUGACGCAGAUUGUCACAAAGGCUAAAGAAAUGGAUCUGUCAAGGACCUACACCCAGGAUGGUGUUUGUCUGACAGAGUCGGGGCUUUGCCAGCUCCAGAGCUUGUCUGCUACAGCGUCACGGCGCAGGAAACCCAAGCCAAAGCUGAAGCUGAAGAUCAUUAAUCAGAACAGUGUGGCAGUGCUUCAGGCUCCUGUAGACCCCCUCUCAGAGCUCUCUCGUGAUGAAGACAUGGAGGACAACAGAGAGGCAGAGCUCCUAGAUUGUGAGGGGAAGUCUGACUCCAGCCUGGAGCGAGAGCCAGCAGAAGACGACUCCAAGGGGGCCGACGGCGGCAAGAAGAGGAAGAGGAAACCGUACCGACCGGGCAUUGGUGGGUUCAUGGUCCGCCAGAGGAGCCGUCCAGGUCAAGGUCCAGGCAAGGCCAAACGAGCCCUCUGCAGAAAGGAUUCCUCUGGCUCCGUGUCAGAGAAUCCCUUUGGAAAAGAGGAGGGAUGGACAGAGGCUCUGCCUGAUACCCCUGUGGAUGAGAUGCCCCCUGGACCAGAGGUCCCAGAAAAAAUAAAGAAACGCUACAGAAAGAAGAAAACAAAACUGGAGGAAGCUUUUCCCGCCUACCUGCAGGAGGCAUUCUUUGGAAAGGACCUACUGGACAAAAGCAAGCAGAGCAGGCAGCAGGGGGUCGAAUCAGGGUUACUGGAAGAAGGGCAAAGCCAAGUGGAGAGGAAGCACCCCACCACCAGCUUUCUUGACCCUUCAUCAGAUCCUCUGCUCAGCGCCUCAACGACAUCCCUUCCCACCAGACCAGCAGCAGCACAGACGUCUGAGGAACCAUUAGUUGAUCUAUCUGAUGUUCUGAACACUGAUGCAGACAUCUUGGGAAUGUUCGGAAAGCCAAGCAGUGACUCUGGUCUUGAUUUUUGCUCCUUCCAGGUUGACAGCUCACCUCCUCCUUUUGCUGGUCUGGACAUAGGGCCCCUGACAGACAGUUCCCCGGUGGCGCCCCAGUCUCAGGCUGGCCGGAGGACACCUCGAACCCUCCCAGAGGAACCCCUGGACGGCAUUCUUAGCCCAGAGCUAGACAAGAUGGUCACUGAUGAAUCAAUUCUCAGCAAACUUUACAAAAUUCCAGAGCUGGAAGGAAAAGAUGUGGAGGAUCUCUUUACAGCAGUCCUUAGCCCCAGCACUAGCCAACCACCUCCACCACCACAGGUGCCUCACCCCCAUGUUCCAGGGCCCCACCCUGCCACACCUGGGACUAGUAUGCCUCACCCCAACGCAGGGAAUCCCAUGUUUCCAAGGAUGCCAAUGAUCAAUGGUAUGAUGGGACCAAACCAACGUUUCCCUACAAAUCCAGGAGCAGGGCCCUGCAUCCCAGAAAAUUUCUCUCCCCUGAACCGUAUGCCUUUUACUGACAAUCCAAGGGAUAGAAAGUUUAAUCAGAUGCCUAGAGAGGCAGUUGGUCCAUGGCCCUCCCCUGCCCAUGGCCCUGGCCCUACACCCCCUGGAUCUCUGCCUGAGGGAGAGACUGAAGCCAUGUCAAAUGCCCAAAGGAGUACACUCAAGUGGGAGAAGGAGGAGACACUUGGAGAGCUAGCCACUGUAGCGCCUGUCCUAUAUACCAAUGUCAAUUUCCCCAACCUCAAAGAAGAAUACCCAGACUGGUCUACAAGAGUAAAGCAAAUUGCAAAACUUUGGAGGAAAGCUAGUUCACAAGACAGGGCCCCAUAUGUGCAAAAGGCAAGAGAUAACCGAGCAGCCCUGCGCAUCAACAAAGUCCAGAUGUCGAAUGAGACGGUGAAGAGGCACCAUCCGCAGCAACAGCCCCCUGAGGUGUUUGAUCCCAACAUACCACUAGACACAGAACUGCUGUUUAAAGACCCUUUGAAACCAAAAGAGUCAGAGCAUGAACAAGAGUGGAAGUUUAGACAGCAAAUGAGGCAGAAAAGCAAACAGCAAGCCAAAAUUGAAGCCACUCAGAAAUUGGAGCAAGUUAAGAAUGAGCAACUGCAGCAACAACAGCAACAACAGCAGCAGUCCAACAGCCAGUCAGAGGGAGAUGGCAACAACAGUGGUAACCAGAGCCCAGCCUCCCAGCCCAGCAAUGGCAGCAUGUCCCCCAUACAGCAGCUCAACUCUAAAGAAAGCUUUGUCAGGACGCAGCUACCAGGGACGCCCACUUCAGGCCCUCCAGAGGAUGUGUUCUUACGACCCCCUCCUCCCCCUCCAUCUGGCCCUUCCUCCCAACCUCAGUCCCCACAGGUAUUCUCACCAGGUUCCUCUGGUUCCAGACCGUCUUCUCCAUGGGACCCAUAUGCCAAGAUGGUUGGGACCCCAAGACCGCCAACUCUCGGACCAAAUACAUGUCGCAGAAUGCCUGUGGAAUCUGGUAAAUCACCCACCUCCUUGAUGGAGCAGCAGGACAGAGGGAGGCCCUCUCCUGCUCAUGAAUCUUUUGGCUCUCCAACAUCCAUGAGCAGUGACCCUUAUGCCAAACCUCCUGACACCCCAAGGCCAACUGGGGAAAUGGACCCUUUCCUGAAGCCCAUGGGUCCCCCCAGGGCCAGUCAGGCUGUUCAGGGAAGGCCCCCAAUGGGUUCUCCAGGCAGAGACCCAUACUCAAGGCCCAUGAUAAGAAAUGAGGCUUAUCAGCGCAUGGCCCAGAACAGGAUGAUCUUGUCUGACCCUUACUCAAGGCCUUUAUUAGCACCAAUCCCUGGAAGUAAUGAGUCUGGCUCGGUCCCUCUGUUCAAAACACCUAUGCCCCCUCCUCAGGCUCAGGAUCCUUUCAACCGAUCAGGUUCACAUCCUACUGACAGGUUCUCCCAGAAUCAGCAGAAUGACCCCUAUGCUCAGCCUCCGCAUACCCCAAGACCAUCUGGGAAUGACAACUUCACCAGUCCACCCAGAAUGGGCCAGCAUCUCCCUCAGGUGCACUCAUUUGCUCAGCCAGGACCAAUGACUCAAAUGUCUAGAAAUCCCUAUGCUCAUGCACCUUCCACUCCAAGGCCUGACCACUUCACAUAUGACCCCUUUGCCCAGCCCUCUGGUCCCAACAAGCAAGCUGGUGACCCUUUCUCUCAGUCUACAGGUAACCAACGAUCCAUCAAUGAACCUGGUGCUCAACCUCGCCCAUUUUUUGAGUCCUAUGCCCGACCUCCUGGCACCCCACGUCCACAUGACAACUAUGGACAGCCUUCAAACACCCCUAGCCCAUCCUCAGACCCUUACUCACAGGCUCCUUCUACUCCCCGCCCCAGUGGGAUGAACCAGUUCACUCAUCAGUCACACCCUGGACAGAGGAUGUCACCUUCCCACUCAGUGGACCCUUAUGCUCAGCCACCAGGUACUCCACGGCCCUCUGUGGGAGACAGGUUUUCCAAGUCACCGGGUAGCCAGAGGGGACCAAUAGAGCCAUUUACUAGUACACCUGGGACAUCGAGGCCAGGGAGUAUCGACAUGUUUUCACAGCCUGGGGCCCCCAGACCAAUGCUUAAUGACCCCUAUGCCCAGCCUCCAGGGACCCCACGGCCUGGACCUGAUGGGCUCAGCAGACAAGGGCCAAGACUAGGACCAGUGGGAAGCCAGGAUCCUUUCUCCCCACCUCAAGGCAGGCUUCAAGAGCCCUUCCCUCAUCCAGGCUCACAAACACCAAAACACCCUAGUGUUUCAGAAGAUGGAUUUAUUCAGUCACCCUCCAGAAGACCCAGUCAGACACCUGGCCAUGAAACAUUUGAACAAGCCCCCAUGACCCCUCGCCAACAGUCAGCAGAGAAAAUGGAGAUGAAAGAUCAUUCGGGUGUGGGUAACAAUGGAACUAUCCCUCAAGACCCAGGUCAACUGUGUAACAACCCACAAAUACCAGGUGCUUCCACUGAGGUUCAGGGUGUUGCUCUCGCUGAGAGCGAGGAAAGACUUAGACAGCGACAACGAAUUAGAGAACUAAUCCUCAAGCAGCAGCAACAGAGGAGUGCUAUUCGACAGGAGAGGGGUCCUCAGGAGCCUGCUGGCAGCAUAGCCCCAGGAACACCACGACCUUGGCCCCAGGAGGGCCCUGGGCAACAGGGGGAAAUGUUCAACCGUCCUCCUCCACCUUAUCCUGGACAAGGACCCAUGAGAGAGCCGAUGAGGUUUCCUGGACCUUUUCCAGGUGAUCAGCGUGUCCCUUUCCCUAAUGAGGGGCAAAUCCCCCGGGGCCCACAUCCUGGAGAUCCAAAUUUGAGACAUCAGGGACCAAGGUUUGCAUUUCCACCUGGGGUUCUAGGACCUCAUGGGGUCCAAGAGUUCUUUCCUCGGGGACAACACCCAAUGCAGGAUGUCCCUCCUCAAAUGAGACGGGCCAUGUCGGCAGAAAUGGCAAAGAGUAUGGGAGGCAACCCUAUGGGGCAGCCCCAGCACUUCCCACCACGUGGUAUGCCAGUGCAGCAGCACAACAUAAUGGGCCAGCCUUUCAUUGAGCUGCGACACAGAGCAGCAGAAAACAGGCCACGUAUGCCAUUUCCCCCAGGUGCCAUGCAAGGAAGCAACAUAGAUCCCAACUUACAGGGUCAAAGGCCACCAGGCUUUCCAGGAGCACCUAAUUCCAGGUUCCCUUUAAAUCAGGGGUCCAGGAUGGUAGACCCCAUGAUCGGUCAGACUGGCCAUGUACAGCUAUCUGCCAGCAUGGGCAAUCUUCAUCAGCAAGCCCAAAUGUCAGGCAACAACACACUCAAACAGUCUCCUUUAAUGAGAUCCAUGAGCCAGCCUGCUUCAAGUGAGACCCAGAACAUGGUAGCAUCUAUGAUCCUUACUGCACCCCCUGCUGGACAUACUGAAAUGGUCUCAGUGACCAGCAGUGAAGCUGUGGAGGAGAAACUGGAUGCAGAAGAAUCAGCAGUCAAAGAUCUUGAGGACGUGGAAGUGAAAGACUUGGUGGAUGCUGACUUGGAAAACCUAAAUUUGGAUCCUGAAGAUGGCAAAGACCUAGAUCUAGAGACAAAUGACCUACACCUUGAUGACUUCCUAACAUCUGGGAAAUUUGACAUAAUUGCCUAUACAGACCCUGACCUAGAUGACAUCAAGAAAGACAUGUUUAAUGAGGAACUGGAUCUCAGUGAUCCUAUGGAUGAUAAUGCUGACACCGCAGACAUCAACAAAAACUCGAGCACAGUAAUUGAGGCUUCAUCCAGUUCAGCAUCUGUACUGGCAAAGUCAGAGGCUUCAGGUGAGAAGUCUUUAGCUGAAAUCAAGAUGGAAGCCCCUGGGAGUCAGGACUCUGCUUCUGUGGCACCUGGGCAGGAAAUUAAAACAGAGUUCAAGGACUGUCAGAAACCCCCUGAGGUCGUAGACCAGCAAGCUGCUGGAAACACCUUAACCUCGAACCAGCAGGGAGUGCUCUCUGACUCCACCCCAGUCCUGUCGAGUUUACUCAUUAAGCAGCAGCCUGAGGAGCAGUCAUUAAAUCCAAUUGUUGAAUCUGUCAGUCAAGGAGGUAACCUCAUGCCCCAGCAGAACCAAGUCACUGACACUCAGCAUACCUCCGGACUUACAAUGACUCAAACAAUACCAGACGCCACCAGUGCAGGAGAAGCUUCUAUGACUGGCUUUGGGGCAGACCAUCAGGUGGGGCUAGCCCCUGGAGUGGACCAGAGUGGUCUGACCCAAGCCCAGCAGACCAUGUUGAACCAGGCACUGGGUCAACACGGCCAGCAACAUCGUCCUCUUCUGCUAGAGGAGCAGCCACUCCUUUUGCAGGACCUCCUAGACCAGGAGAGGCAGGAGCAACAGCAGCAGAGGCAGAUGCAAGCCAUGAUACGACAGCGCUCCAGUGACUCAUUCUUUCCCAACAUUGAUUUUGAUGCCAUCACUGACCCCAUCAUGAAGGCUAAAAUGGUUGCACUGAAAGGCAUCAACAAAGUCAUGGUUCAGAACAACAUGGGAAUGACCCCGAUGGUCAUGAGCAGACUUCCUCCUGGUCCUGCACCACCUUGUCCUGAAAGCACACCGCAUCCUCCACAAGUUGUUGGACAGGAUGGCAAAUUGACACAAGUAGCAAGACCGAAUCCUCCAAACUUUGGACCAGGAUUUGUCAACAAUGCUCAGAGGGCUCAGUACGAGGAGUGGCUCCAGGAGACUCAGCAACUACUUCAAAUGCAGCAGAAGUUUCUGGAAGAGAAGAUUGGAGCUCACAGGAAGUCUAAGAAGGCCCUGUCUGCCAAACAGAGAACAGCUAAGAAGGCAGGGAGAGAGUUCCCUGAGGAGGAUGCUGAGCAGCUCAAACAUGUCACAGAGCAGCAGGGUGUAGUGCAGAAACAACUGGAGCAGAUCCGCAAACAGCAGAAGGAGCACGCUGAACUUAUAGAGGAGUACCGAGUGAAACAACAGCAAAACAAUAUGACACCCUUAAUGCCUGUGAUGCACCCAAUACCAGGCCCUGCUGGCAUGGUCCCCAGUGGGCCACCAAUGGUCCCCAGUGGGCCACCAAUGGUCCCCAGUGGGCCACCAAUGGUCCCCAGUGGGCCACCAAUGAUCCCCAGUGGGCCACCAAUGGUCCCCAGUGGGCCACCAAUGGUCCCCAGUGGGCCACCAAUGGUCCAGCCUCCUAUGAACCCCAUGAUGCAGAUGCCACUUCAUCCUGGCCAGCCAAAUGCACCUACGUGUAUGCCCAACCCACCACCUGGCUGGCAUCCUGGUGCUCCCAUGCCAAUGGGCAGACCGGGAAUGCCACCUAUAAUGCCCCCCCAGGUACCUGUGGGAAAUCCAGGCCAACCUCAUCAGAUGCCAUUGGGUAACAUACCUCAACACUCACAAAUGCCUGUGGAUCCCCAGGCACCACCAGCUCCACCAGGUGGUGUAAAACCCAUGCAGGCAGGUGGUGUGAAGUUUGAUGACAACAACCCAUUCAGUGAAGGCUUCCAGGAGCGGGAAAGGAGGGAGAGGCUUAGGGAGCAGCAGGAGAGACAGCGGGUACAGCUAAUGCAGGAAGUUGAACGACAGAGAGCCCUGAAACACCGUAUGGAAAUGGAGCAGCAAGGGAUGAUGGGGCCAGAUGGGAACAUGGCACCACUCGCUCAGAUGCCAUUUUUUAACGCAGAGCUGCCACAGGACUUCAUGCAGCCUCAGAGGCCUCCUUUACAACAACAGCAACAACUUGGACCAAUGUUCCCCCAGCAACAGGGCAUGCAGCCUGGUAUGGGCUCACCACCUGGGACGUUUAUGCAAGGUGAAAGGAGGGCUAUGAUGGGCAAUGGAAUGAUGCCCCGUGACAUGGGGCCUGGUUUCAGGCCUGAUAAUCUUGCCCUACAAGCACCUAACUUUCCCCAGGGUCAACCCAGACCUCGUCAGUUCAGUGGACCAGGAAUGAUGCUUCAGAUGCCAGGUGAGGGUCCACCAUUUGGAGGUGACUCAGCUACACCUCUACCGUCUAACUUUCCGGGCUCAGGUCAGUCUCUAAUCCAACUCUACUCCAACAUCAUCCCAGAUGAGAAAGGCAAAAAGAAGAGGAACCGCAAAAAGAAGAAAGAUGAUGACGCAGAUUCAGUCAAGACACCUUCAACUCCACACUCAGACCUUACAGCCCCUCUCACACCGUGUGUCUCAGACACCUCCUCAACUCCAACCAGAAACACCCAUCUCUUCGCUGACCAGGACUUGUCAAGGUCCCCCUUACUGGGAUCUUCCACCCCCAGUCACUCAGAGCUGGAGAGACAGCUUUCUGGAGGCCAAUCUGGACAACCUGGUCUUUCAUCAGACGCAGCAAGAACACAGGCUCAGGAACAUGACAGGAUCCUUAACAACAUAAAGCUGGAGCAGACUGAUGCCAGCGAGUGUCAUGGGCCACGAGAAGGGCCCAUCGGCUCAGAAAUGAGCUCUGUGAAGGAAGAGGCUAAUAAAGGGAGUGUGUCUCCCUUCCCUGCAGGGCAAAGUCCAAAUAAGGGGGAAGCUGGCAAUGAACUACUGAAACACCUUCUGAAGAACAAAAGUACACCUCCAUCUGGAUUGUCCCAACAGAGGUCAGAGGAGAGCUUUCGCUCAGAGGAGGAGGAUCCCGCAGAUUGCAAAUCCCUGCUGAGGCAAAGCUCCAUGGACAGCAAUGGGGCGUACUCAGAUGGCACUCCAGACUUUCCUGGACCUCUGCUCCCUGAACAGGAGAAGAAGAAAGGGAGGAACAAGAGGGCUCCGAAAGGAGGGGAGAAACCUGCCUCUCGCUACAAGAAGAGAAAGAAGGAAGGGGAUGAGAGGCAACUGAUGCACUCUGGCCCUGACAGUGUAAUGACCCAAAUAAAACAGCAGCUCUCUCUGCUGCCCCUCAUGGAGCCACUGAUUAGGGUCAACUUUGCCCAUUUCGCUCCUUAUGGCAGCGGCCAGCUUAAUGGAGAGAACCUCCUGUCUGGUACCUUUGGCAGCGCCUCACUCGAUGGAGUCUCCGACUAUUACUCCCAACUGGCCUACAAGCAGAGUAACCUGAGCAAUCCACCAACACCACCGGCGUCUCUUCCUCCCACCCCACCACCUGUGAACCGUCAGAAAAUGAUCAAUGGAUUUGCCACAACAGAAGAGCUGGCCAACAAGGCUGCUGCCAUGGUGUCCAAAGGCCUGGUCCCGAAGCCACUGCAUGUCCCAUUUAGGACUGAGGAAGACCUACUAGCCCGGGCCAUUGCACAGGGACCCAAAACUGUGGAUGUUCCUGCCUCCCUCCCCACCCCUCCUCACAACAACCAGGAGGAGCUCAGUAACAGAGGACAGGAGCCUUGCAAGGACCGGGACACACCUGACAGUUUUGUUCCAUCCUCUUCUCCUGAGAGUGUGGUUGGCAUGGAGAUCAGUCGCUACCCAGACCUGUCUCUGGUGAAGGAAGAGCCACCGUCCCCCUGCCUGUCUCCUGUCCUCCCCAUGCUUCCUGCACCUGAUGGGAAAGGUUCAGAAAUCAAACUGCAGGAUAUCAAAACAGAGCCUUCUGCGAUGUUCUUCGGCUCCCCCUUUGGCCCCAUGUCUAAUGACUCCAAACAAGGGCUGGUGUCUGUAGCUAUCACACUGAGACCGGCUGCAGCAGAGAACAUCACAGGUGUAGUGGCAGCCAUUUCAGACCUACUGUGUGUGAAGAUCCCCAGUAGCUAUGAGGUCAGCAGCACCCCAGACAGAGGGCCUCUAUCUAUACUCAGUGGUCCAAGGGUGGGCCCCCAUGGCAUGGAGCCUCGGCCUCCCAUGAUCUUCCACGGACAGGGGGACAAUGGAGGACGUCCGGGACAGAUGUUAAGGCCCAGUGGAGCACAGGGGAUGAUGCAACAGCAGCAGGCACAUCAUUUCCGUUUCCAUCCCAACAGCCCAGGCGCAGCUCUAGCUCGAGGACCUGACCAGAAGACCCCUGCAAGCCCUGGAUGUAAACCUCAGUGGUGCUGUCACUGCAAGGUGGUGGUUCUGGGAAAUGGAGUACAGAAAUCCAUCAAAGAUCUCCCUGCACAUGUGAAGGAAUCUGAAAGCCGUUUGAAAUCUGAAGAAGACCUGGUCUUCUGCAGUCACAGCUGCUUCCUUCUCUAUCGUUCCUCACCACCCCUGCAAUCCAGAUCAACCACAGAAACUAAGGAAUCAGUGUCCCUUCUCCCUGCCUCCGAGCAAACAGAGAGCCUUUCUAAAAUUCAGCACCAGUACAGUAACAACAUGUCAUCGCUGGAUGUUCAUUGCCUGGCCCAGCUUCAGCCCAAGCAGUCUCCCCCCUCUACUCCUCCUAUCCCCUUCCCCACAGCAGGCGAGACAUCCAAGACGGAGACCAAGUCUGAUGCCAUCAGAGUGACAGUGAAGCUGAAGGCCCGGCCAAGGUCCCAUGAAGGCUGGCACCAGGGAAAGAGACAGAAAGGACUUCGCUGGAGGAAGUGGACUGUCCAGGUGGUGGUGCCAAGAGGGAAUUCCCAACUCCCAGAUGAGGAUAAGAUUGAUGAGCUCCUGAAGAAACUCGGGGCCUCCCUGCGCCCUCCUGCCUCACUCCGAGACCAGAGGCGGUGCUGUUUUUGCCACCAGUUUGGAGAUGGGAUCACUGACGGCCCUGCUAGGCUUCUUAAUCUGGAUCUUGAUGUAUGGGUUCACCUAAACUGUGCCCUGUGGUCAACUGAGGUGUAUGAGACGCAGGCUGGUGCCCUCAUCAACGUGGAGCUUGCACUGCGUCGUGGCCAAACAGUACGCUGUGCCUACUGCCAGCAGACUGGAGCCACCAGCGGCUGCCACCGCCUACGCUGUACCAAUGUCUACCAUUUCACCUGUGCUCUGCAAGCUCAGUGCACCUUCUUCAAGGACAAGACCAUGCUGUGUCAUGCCCACAGGCCUCGGGGAACAGCUGGACAAGCGCUGGAGCAUGAGCUGCGUUGCUUUGCUGUCUUCCGACGUGUCUACGUCCAAAGAGAUGAAGUGCGUCAGAUUGCCACUGCUGUGCGGCAGCCCGAGUUGGGCUAUACCUUUAGAGUUGGCAGCCUGGUGUUGCAUGCAAUGGGCCAACUAACCCCUCUACAAAUGGCAGCCUUCCAUUCCCCAACAGCCAUCUUUCCAGUUGGCUAUGAGGCUUGCCGCAUUUACUGGAGCAUGCGCCAUGGCAACCGCCGUUGCCGCUACAUCUGUUCUGUUGAGGACCGAGAGGGACUGCCAGAGUUUACCAUCAGAGUCAUCGAACAGGGCUACCAAGACCUGGUCCUGGCUGACACCUCUGCGAAAGGAGUGUGGGAUAAGGUUCUGGGUCCUGUUGCUGAGAAAAGAACUGAAUCAGGCACUCUAAAGCUCUUCCCUGUUUACCUGAAAGGGGAGGACUUGUUUGGACUCACAGUCUCUGCAGUCGCCAAGAUCACUGAAUCGCUCCCAGGAGUGGAAGUUUGUGACAGGUACUCAUUCCGUUACGGACGCAACCCUCUUGUGGAGUUGCCUCUCAUGUUCAAUCCAGCUGGCAGUGCCCGUGCCCAGCCAAGAACCAGUUCUCCCUACACUUCACUGGUGAUAAGGCCACAACCACAGGCUGUAUCCAGCAGCAGUGCCAGGUCCAACCAGAAUGUGGCCCAAGGAGAAGGUGGCGCCCCCCAUAGCAAGCCUCCAGUAGUGCACCCCAGGUCUUCUCAGUACCGCUGGAUGAAGAGUGAGUGGAGAGCCAAUGUCUAUCUGGCCCGCUCUCGCAUCCAGGGCCUGGGGCUAUUUGCUGCUAGAGACAUUGAAAAACAAACUAUGAUGAUUGAGUACAAUGGAACCAUCCUCCGAAAUGAGGUUGCCAUCAGGAAGGAGAAGAUCUAUAGAUCUCAGAACCGAGAAGUGUUCAUGUUCCGCAUCGACAGUGAACAUGUUGUUGAUGCCACUCGAACUGGAGGGCUAGCAAGAUAUAUCAACCACUCUUGUGCCCCGAACUGUGUUGCUGAGGUGGUCACAUUUGAAAGGGGUUACAAAAUCAUCAUCAGCUGCAUUCGCAGAAUUGAAAAAGGAGAGGAGCUGUGUUUCGACUACCAGUUUGACGCUGCGGAGGGUCAGCACAAGAUUGCAUGCCACUGCGGAGCUCCUGAAUGCAGGAAGUGGAUUAACUGAGGAAAACAAAACCGACUAACCUAAAUGCAUUCCUUGCUAUAGUGUGUGGAUGCUGUGAUCUCUGCACAGAGAAAAAAAAGUCUUCACACUAAAGUCAUUUUAUGAAUGAGCAGAAGGCCCUGAAACCUUGGAGAGAUGAAUGAAUUUACAUGUUGGUUCAUCAAGAUCAUGGAAGAAAAUGGGUGGAGGAAGGGAAAUGUGACACAGUAGCAGGAUGUGACUUGUGCCAUAUGUGGGAGGCUCUGUUGUAUGAGAUGCCUCUGUCUGUCUGUAUGUAUCUGUGCGUUUGUUUGGUGUACAUGGGGUGCGGAAUCCACCAGCGAAUGAGAAAGCACUGUGCAGGGUGCGGCCUUAUUGCUUACUAAGGGCAGGCCCUUUUGUUUCAUACUGUUAAUGUAUACCGUAUGACUAAAUGUAGACAUCACUGAAUGAGGAAUGUACAGCAAUGAAUACCGCGAAGGGAAUAUUAACUUGCACUAAAAAAAGAAAAUAAACACAAAAAAACACACACGAAAACUUUUAAAAUACUUGAUUCCAUGAGUCAGUUUUAUCAUAGGUCUCUGUCAUGUGAUUUGUGUGGAAUUCGAGAGGUUUUGUAUUUAUUACUGAGUGAAUGAAUUUUAUUCUCAAAAUGAGGAGACUGAGUCAAAGAAGGUUAGAUUGCUGUUGUUUUUGAAGAUUGAGGAAGACAUGCUGUUACUUUUGUAUAAAUGUACAUAAAGAAAACUAUAGGAAUAACCGACCAAAUACUACCUUAACCUUCUUGAUGUUUGGGUGUUUUUAAAUUGUUUUUGUUCUGUUUGUCAUUGAAAUUUAUUUAAGAUGGACGUUAUUUCAGUUUGAGAGUAUAUAUUAUGAUUAUUCUGUACAGAAUUUGUAAUAUAACCACAAUAAUUCACAAAGUAUUUUUGUUGUAUUAAAAGUAAGGUAUUGUAGCGUAGUGUUUUGUGACUUACACAUACUUUGACCACUCAAAAAAUAAAUAUUUUUGUUGACUAACGUUACGAGUUAUCAGUUACAGAAUCAAAAAAAGAACUCUUCAAAUAGUAAGAGAUCAGUGUGAUCUGUUUGCUGUUAAUCAGGUUUGAUUUUAAAGAACUGUGAAUUAGGUUUUGAAACCCAAAAACAACUUUUUAACUUUUUAACACAAAUAGGAACACCAACAUAUAUUUACCUGUUUUUGUUUUUACAUUGCUUUUAAAAUGAGGUGCAAACGUCUAAUGAUAUUGUGAGUUAGACGAACCAGUGUGUGACAGAAGGAAACGUAUGGGGAACCCUUAUUUGGAACCGUAGGUUGUUCUAACUUUUUGGACAGAAAUGGCAUUCUCCUUAAUCAGAAAUAUGUCUUAUACUGACACUUCACAAGUCACAUGCUUAGAAACGGAAGAGUUUUUGCGUGCACAAUUUCAAGUUGACUGUAAAAUUUUGGAGACAGUCUUUAGAACUUGUAAUGUAUAUGGCAUGUAUUUUUUUAACUUUCCGAAGACUCAAUUGUAUAUAUUUUCUCAAUGAAUGGUUGUAACAAAAUUGUUUCUUGGAUAUUUUUCUUCUCUUUGUAUGAUAUUACAUCAUCCUGCCAGUGUGUUUGUGCUACAUUUUCUUGGUCGUGUAGUCAGUUCUUUUUUCUUUCUUUUUUGUUUUCUUUAGUUUUUUUUUGUUUUGUUUUUGUUUUUUUGAAAAUGCCUUUUGAGGUGUACAGAGUAUGAGGUUUGGAGUUUGUGGAAUUGAAUUUAGAAACAUUUACAAAAAUAAACUAUUUUACAUGUUA